AUGGAUUUAUCGAAAUUUCCAAUGGAUACAAUUGAAUGCAUAUUGACUUUCGAGUCUUUCAACUACAAUAGGGAGGAGGUUCAUAUGGUAUGGAGCGAUUCACCACUAAUCCAGUUCAAGGACAUCGAGCUUCCGGAUUUCUCCAUGGUUAAUUACAGUACAUCGGACAACUUAACGCUCUAUGCCGCUGGCUAUUGGGAUGAACUCACUGUCACGUUCGUUUUUCGGCGACGUUAUGGCUGGUAUUUACUUCAGGGAUAUAUUCCAACUUACAUGACUAUCUUUAUCUCAUGGAUUCCGUUUUAUCUUGGUCCCAAAGCUAUUCCUGCUCGAACUAUGAUUGGAGUAAAUGCUUUACUUGCUAUGACCUUUCAAUUUGGAAAUAUCAUCCGAAAUCUUCCCAGAGUUUCAUACAUCAAGGCAAUAGAUGUUUGGAUGCUCAGUGGGAUUUCAUUUGUGUUCGCCUCGCUUGUUGAAUUGGCAACAAUCGGUUAUAUGACAAGGAACGAAGGAAGGCCAGCAAGUCUGAGUGGAACUUCCGGAAGAAGGUGGAACAUCAGCAAGACAUCGACCGGUACGGAAUUGCCAAGGAAAUCGCGAAAUAUACAAUUCUGCGAAAAAAUCGAUUUCUAUGCCCGAAUAGGAUUUCCACUGGUAUACACAUGUUACAACUUACUAUAUUGGCUAGUUUUUAUGAAAAGCGCUCUGGAUGGUGCGCCAAUGUAA